AAUUGCCUUAAAUAAUAAGUGCAAUCCUAAAUAUGUCUUCUCUGAAGUCUGCUUUGGAAAGAUGACUCUUUCAGCUGUGCGAUUUUGAUUUUGUGCUGUGCGCUGCUGUGGCCCUCACAGUGCCAUGAAACGCUGUUGUCCGAUACAGAUGUGUCAAAAUCCUGGCAACCUUGAAAUUAGCACCCAUGAGAGCACGUUCCUGUUUUUCAAAAUGGUUUUUAGACGUCCCUAAUGUUGUUAAGUAUGCUUUUUUAACUGCCUUGUUUGGCUGUUUGCCGCCUUGGGCUUCUUUGAGGGCGGGACAGAAACGUAAGACGGGAAUAAAUGAAAUGCGGGGUUUUCUCCAUCGAUUCCUAUGCGGAGGCAACCACGGCGGCAGCAACGAAAGGAAACUGCCACUGAGGGAGAAACUGGCGCUCUAUCUUCUUCUAUGCGGGAAGAGCGCUGCUUAGCCCCGCCCCGUUGUGACGUCGUCGAGUCACGGGCCUCACGUCACCGAUAGGCAACGGCGAUACGUCGCCAAUGCAGCCCCGCGCUGUUUGAGGGCUUGUAACAAUGGCCGCCCUAGCAACGGCAGCGCUAGCGACGGUAACCAGGAGCAACCAGGUAAAUACUCCCCAUCACCCUCAAGCUAUAUCGAGCUUCGUCUUUGUGGGCUUCUGAAUGAGGUUCUGGUUGUGGCCGCGGGAGGAAAGGCGGAGACCGAGGGUUACACGGGACUUCGCUGGUUUCCUACACGUGUCUGAAAACUACCACCGUUGCUCCCUAUGCCGUCAGAGCCUCAAUUAACGCGUCUAUUCUUCCCGCAAAUAAAGGGAUCCGGUACCGUCAGGACCGGCUCCGCCAUGGCGCAGCGGGGAUCGGGACCCUGGGAAGGCGGCGGAUCCGCAACCGCCCAGCUUAUGGGCCUUGUUCGCAGGAACUAUUCUGUGCGUGAAAGUUCUGAACUGCAAGAUGAAAGCUGAUCACCGUAAGAAAGCUGAAUUUCUAAGAGAAGGGGACAAACUAAAUAAAGAACUUCUGAGCAUUGAAAGGGAUAAAAAUAUGCUUCUCUUCAACAAGAAGAGUGACUUCAGGAGGGAAUAUAACAUAUUGGAAGAACUGGAACAUCAACUGACUAAGAACCGGAAAGCAGAAAAAGCUAAUAUACAACAAAAACUGGGCAGAAUUUAUAACAAUGUUAAAGGACUCCAACGACAAUUAAAACAUGUAAAGCCAACCCCAGAAUUUGUUGACAGACUCAGAGAAAUGAUGGAAGACGCUGAAAUGUCAAUAAAUGCUUUUAAAGAAGAACAGCGACAAAAAUAUGAGGAGCUUCUGAGAGAGCAGAAGACAGCUACUAAUGAGAUUAAUGCAUUGGAGAAAAAAUUUGAGCUCUGGGCAUUAGGUACUUCAGCAACAGGAAAUACACCUAAACAAGGCAUGCUUGUAGUGGAUAAAAAGACACAAAAUCACCUGCCUCCUGGAGUAGUUGAGCUUGAUAAAUUCCUUCAACAGACAGGGGGCAAGCAAGGAGGUUGGGAUGUAUAUGAUCACGAAGAAUUUUUGAAAUUGUGGACAAAGCAUAAAGGAAAACCAUCGUACAUUGAUGAAGUCCUUGAUCAUCUUCCUGACAGAACAAGGGAGGAUAUUCUGCAGCAUGAGAAAUGGUAUCAAGAAUUUCUGAUUUUAGAAGCACAAAAAAAGGAGUCCAUUCAAGAAUGGAAGAGAAAAAAGCUACAAGAGAGAGAGAAAAUCUUAGCCCAGAAGAAGAAGAAGCCAGAGGAAGGGCUCACUACAGCUAUGCUACAGAAUGCAGCAGCCCAGAAGCAAAAAGUUGAAGAGGAAAGGAAAAAACGACUGAAAGAGCUUGAAUUGUGGAAAAGGCAAAAAGCAAUAGAAUAUUCCAUGAAACAGGCUGCUCAGCUACAAGAAGAGGAAGAGAAGGAGAAGAAAAAGCAGAAGGAACGUCAGCGGCAAUGUCAUAUAAAGUUGCUGUUGGAAGACUAUAGUAGGCAGAAAAAGGAGGAGGAAGAGCUUUUGAGAUUUGAGAAGAAAAGGAGAGAGGAAGCUGAAAGGGAAGAGAAGAGAAGAAUUGCUGCAGAAGAAAUUCUUAAGUUCCAAGAGCGAGAUUUAUCUAAAGUUGUGUUUAAGAUUCAAGAAAAGCAGGCAAAGGAAGACGAAAAAAUAGAAAAAGAAAGAAGAUUGAGAGAAAAGCUGAGAGAGAAGGUUGGAAUGAAUGUUCCUCGAGACCCACGUAGGCUGUUGAAGCCUACAAAAGUUUGGGAAGAACGAACAAAAGAGAUUGGACCAGAAGGUUCUGGGCCACUUCUGCAUAUUCCGCACAGGGCUGUCCCAAGCUGGCGACAAGGACAAUAGUUGGUUGGCUGCACAGUUUUAUUAGAAGAUCAACAAAGCAUGUAUAAAUUUCCUGAAUAAUUGUUUUACUAUUCCUGUUAUUGUUUUUGUAAGACUUUAUUAUGUAAUAAAUGAUGUAUGUUUUAUAUAGGGUAUGAAUUUAUGUAAAUUUGCAUUCUAUGUCAUGUAUAUUCUAUCUUUUAUUUAACAUCCUUAUGUAGAUUACACCAAAAAUUACUA